UACACAAGUGUCUCUUGGUCCGUUUUUGACACUUUUCUUUAUCAGUGAGAGCCAGCUGCUGAAAACACACGCACACACGAACUCAGCCUCUCAGAGCGACUGUAAGAAGUGAAACCUUCUCCUGGGGACACACAGCUCCGAAGAGAUCGGUCAUCAUGAAGGGACUCCAGCUCCUUAGUCUGCUCCUCGUCAGCCUGUCGUCAGCCUCGGCCUGCCCUCGCCUUUGCACCUGUCAGGGCAGCCAGGUGAACUGCAGCAGCAGAUCUCUGACCUCCUCCUCUCUGCCAGCACGAUACCCUGUAGCCACCACUGAGCUCCACCUCCACAACAACCUUCUCACCCACCUCCCUAACGGGCUCCUGGACGACCUACCCUCGCUGCGCUCCAUCUCCCUCCAUGGUAACUCCUGGGUCUGUGACUGUGGCAUCCUCUACCUGCGGUCCUGGCUGCUGCAUCAGCCCCCAAGCCUCAGGUCACACCUGGGAGUCACCUGCAGCUCCCCGCUCAGCCUGAGAGGACGGAUGGUGGUGUAUUUAAUGGAGGAGGAGGUGCUGGACUCCUGUCACUACUGGUACUGUGACCUGGCUCUGACCUCUCAGGCGUGUCUGUUUGUGUUUGUGCUGGUGCAGACGGCUCUUCUGGUGGCUCUGAUCAUGUUCCUGAGGAGGUUUGAGAGGCUCUCCAAAGAGGCCAGGAGGACCAGGGAGGAGAGCUUCACCGCGGGGGAGAGUCAGAGGGAGAACGACUAUGCUCCUUUAAAUGACAGCAGCAUCUGAGAUUGAGCUGUGUCUGAUUUUUUUACCUAACAGAAGAGAAGAGUAGUUAAUCAUUUGCACACUGGACAGAAAAAGUUCCUUCUAUGUUUUUGAAGUUUGACUUCAAUUCUAAAAAUCUUUUUUACGUACAUUCAGGUGACAAUUUAGAGCAAAUAAAACUAAGGACAAGCAAAGGGUCCGAAUAUGACACAAGAGGAAUGGUUUAAGUAUGAAAACGUCUGUUACAUUUGACCACCUCUCUAUGCACUGAUUUAUAACACUGAAGCUGUUCUGUCAGUUGUUUUCUUUUUACUGUGUCAGCACUCAGUGUUUGUUUUGUGACCACCUUAUUCUCCUGUAUACACCUGUGAAUCAAGGUAGAAAUAAAGCUGCCAUAAGAGCCAAAGAUUAGUCUACACUUUAGCAUGAAAUACAUUGAACUUCAGAGUAAGAUUACGGUAUACUGGAUGAUGUUAUUUUUUAAAAACUGCUAAAAUUUUGAUAAAGAUUUCUUCAGUCAUACAUUAAUGAGAUAUUUUAUAAUACCCAGGGACCCCUGGUGCACCAGUAAUUGGUGGUAAAAUUGUGGAUAAGUUGAGCUUUAUUAUACAUUCAUUCCACUCCCUCCCACCAGAAGUACUUAAUCAAAAUCAGAUAUGGUUAAGAGAUUGACUUUAGUAUUCUUAAAGCUUUUUUAGGGUUGAGAAACGUGUGAAUGUUUACUUAACUUUUCUAACGCCUGGUAAUCUUUGCAUGGACCUGUAUAUUUCAAGACUUGUUUUAAUCUUGAUGAUUAUGACUUACAGCUCACAAUAUCCAUCCAUCCAUCCAUUUUCUAUACUGCUUAUCCCACUGGAGGUGGUGGGGUCACAAUAAUCCACUAUCUCGAAAUAUUAAAAUAUCAUGAAAAUAUCAGUCCAAAGAUGGAUUUAUGAUACUGAAGUGUCAACCCUCUGGAAAAUGAUGCUCAUUUAUGCACUCAGUAAUUGUUUGUAAUGCCUUUUAAACAAAUUAAUGCAUCUAUGGUGGCAUGAAGCCAAUCAGUCUGUGCAGCCUUCAGCUUGUCUGAAUUGUUGAGUCUGGUGUCUCUCAACUUGCUUUUGACAUUUCUCCAGAGAUUCUCUGAUUCAGGUCAGACUGAUUGGAUGGCCAAUCAAACACAGUAAUGCCAUGGUCAACAAAUCAGUUUCUGGUAGUUCUGGCUUCAUUGUGAACAGGAGCCAAGUCCUGCUGGAAAAGGAAAUCAGUAUCUCCAUCAAGCUUCUCAGCAGAUGGAAGCAUGAAUUGCUCUAAAUCUCCAGGAAGAUAGCUGACAGCGUUGACUCUGGACUUGAUAAAGCACAGUAGACCAACAGCAUGGCAUGACAUGGCACCCCAAACCCUCACUGACCAUAGAAACUUCAUACUGGACUUCAAGCACCUUGGAUUUUGUGCUUCUCAGAUCUUCCUCCAGACUCUGGGAUCUUGGUUUCCAAAUGAAAUUCUAAAUCUACUGUUAUCUGAAAACAGGACUUUAGACCACUGAGCAACUGUCCCGUUCUUUGUCUCUUUAUCUCAGUGAGAUGCUUAUGAUGUUGUCUGUGGUUCAGGAUUGGCUCCACAUAAGAGCACCACACUUGUAGCCUGUUUCCUGGACACAUCUGUGUGUGGUGGCUCUUGAUCCACUGACUCCAGCCUCCAUUCACAGCUUGUGAAAUUGCACUAAGUUCUUGAAUCUGCUUUGUGUAACAAUCCUCUGAAGACUGAGGUCAUCCCUGUUGCUUGUGCACUUUUUCUUGCCACACUUUCCUCUUCUUGUCAGCUUCCAUGAAUACACUUUGAUACAGCCUCUGAGAACAGCCUGACCUUUCAACAGUAACCUUUUGUGGCUUACCCUCCUUGUGAACGUGUCAGUGAUUGUCUUCUGGACAUUUGUCAAGUCAGCAGUCUUCCACGUGAUUGUGGUUGUGUGAACUGGACCACAGUGAGAAAGUGAAGACUCGGGAAACCUUUGCAAAUCAGACAAUUAUACAGUAUUCCAGUAUUUUAAGACAGUCAGUUGUAGAUUAUCAUGAGCUGUAGGCUGUAAUCAUCAGGAUUAAAACAAAAAAGUCUUGAAAUUUUUCAUUUUGAACGAGAUCAAUCUAGAAUUUGUAGUUUGAAGUUGAACUUUUUGACGUAAAUCAUGGGGAAAAGGAGCAUUUACAUGAUAUUCUAACGUUUUUGAGAUGCACUUAUAUUUCCAUUCCAAUGUAUAUAUCUGCUAGCUGUUUAUCAGCUUAAAAAUGAAGUGAUGUAGGUUAUACCAUGUAACUCUGCGUCAAAUUUCAGACAUCUUAAUGUGGAACUAUAUUAUUAAACGUCAAUAUAUUGAA